AUGCCGUGUUCAGUCAAAAUGGAUAUGCAUUUACGGUUGGCAAUACUGUCUGCAGUUGGCUGCACCUGGUGCGUGUUCAUUUGCAACGGACAGGGUGUCACUCGGGGGGCCAUGCCAGAACCUGCCGCGGGAACACCGGCCACUCAGUCCGCUCCAGUUCAAGAGAGCGAGACAGAGGAACUUCCCAAAGUUGAUGUCGAAAUGGUUCCUGGACGGAGGUAUAAAACGUCGCGAAGGGCACUGAUCAAACUGAAACAGCGCUUCAAGCAAUUCAUUCAUGACGAGAUUAGCAAAGUCGCACACGAAUACGAUCAACAAUUGAACGCGGUUUCGCCUCCUACCGGGGAAACACGGCUUGUCAAUCGGAGCCCAAUUGAGGUCUAUGAAAAGAUGCUUGGAACACCUCCUGCAAUCACUCACCCACUUUUGAAGGCCAGCACACAGCAGCGAUUCCAAGCGAUUCAAGAACACGACGCAUCCUCCGGCAAUUUUAUCUGCUGCUCAGGACCACGCGACGCCAAUGCCUCUCUGGAGGCGCUCAGUAGUCUCUUCGAAGCUAACAAAUUUGGAGCAACUCUCGAUAUGCAGCAGGACGCAACAACAGACCAGUAUCUAGAAGCCCUUGCACAAGGGCUAGAACAGCAGGUAGUAGGGUGA